AAUUUUUUUCAUCCUAAAAAAAAAGAUUAUUCCAAUCGAGAUGGCCGCUUAUGCAGCUCUGGUUUCACUUAUGCAGAUCAUCCAUCAGAUCGAGCAUCAUCCUUCCCCUCCGAUUUCUAUGGACAAAAAACAAGUUGAAUCUCUGACUCAUAUCGUUAUGUUUUUGCAGGAAUUUCUUGAAGGUUAUAAGUCUCCUUAUGCUGAGGGGGAUGAGGCAGAUCCGUUGGAGAUGCGCAUCGCUGAUGCAGUUUAUGCGGCUGAAGAUGUCAUCGAAUCUCACAUUAUGAAACAACUUCGUCCUGAUGUCUUAGUCUUGUACGAGGCUUUGAGGGACGUGAUAGAAGACAUGGAUUCAGUCAUUGCAGUCAAAGAAGGUAUACCUGCAGCAAACUUGCAUGAUACUCUGGAGGAUUUGAUACAAGGCAUUCAAUUGGUAGAAAAGAGGGUGAAAAAACACAUGGAUUUGAUCUUCAUACUCAAAUAUCAUCUGCAGAGAAGACAAGUCUCAGAUCCUGCAGACUUGUAUAAGACUGUGGUAAAGUUGAUACAACACAUGGAUUUAAUCAAGAAUGAAGUGAUGGAGAUUUUGGAUUUCAAAGAUCAGCUUCAGAGAAAAGUCUUGGCAUUUGCUGAUUACGAUUUGUAUGCAUAUCACAAGACUGACGUGGUGGAUUUCAUAGAAGACGUGGAUUUGCUUAAGAAUGAAGUGAUGGAGAUUUUUGCAUUUAAAGAUCAGCUGCAGCAGGGACAAGUACUCUCGCCAUCUGCUAAUUCCUCAACAUAUGCAGAGACUCAGGCGUAUUUCAGAAAAGACAUGGAUUUGGAUUUGGAUUUGAUCAAGAAAGACAUGAUGGAGAUCAUCGCAAUCAAAGAUCAGCUAGAGAUACAAGUCUCAGCCUCUUCUGAUUCCUCAGCAUCUGCAAGCUUUUGUGAGAGUUUGCAGAAGGUGAUAGUAGACAUGGAUUUAAUCAAGGAAGAAGUGAUGGAGUUCGUUGCACUCAAAGAUCAUAGACAAGUCUCCGGUGGUUCCUCAACAUCUUCUUUCUCUAGGCCAAACAACACAGCCAUGGUGGGCUUUGAUCAUGUCAUGACUCAACUCAUGGAGAAGCUCAUUUACGGACAACCCGGUCGCCAAGUCAUCCCAAUCGUAGGAAUGGGAGGAAUUGGUAAGACUACUCUUGCCACAAAUGUUUAUGCACAUCCAUUUAUAGGUGACCAUUUUGAUAUAUGUGCUUGGGUUACCAUUUCUCAACAAUUUAGCUUAAAAGAUCUUCUUGGUGAAAUUCUUUUUCAAGCUAGUAAACAGAGUUUGAGUGAAAUGAGAGAAUAUGAAAUAGGACUAUCACUCUACCAAUAUUUAUCAUAUAGAAGGUAUCUAAUAGUGUUGGAUGAUAUGUGGAAUAUUGAGGCAUGGGAGAAGAUACAACUCUAUUUUCCUGACAAUGGUAACGGUAGUAGGAUAAUGGUGACAACUAGGCUAUCGAAUUUGGGAUCUCAAUUGAAUAACAAUUAUAGCCUUGAAAUGGAAUUUAUGAAUGAAGAAAGUAGUUGGAAUAUGUUCAGCAAAAUUGUGUUUGGGGAAAAAAAUUGUCCUUUGGAAUUGGAGAAAAUUGGAAAGAAGAUUGUGGAGAAGUUGCAGAGGACUUCCAUUAUCAAUUGUUGUGAUGGGAGGUCUUUUGGAAAAAAUGGAACAAACUAAAGAAUGUUGGGAAUCUAUUACGAGGAGCAUGAGUUCAUUAGCAAAUUUGGAAAAUGAUAAGCAUUGCUUGAAAAUACUAAAGUUGAGCUACGACCAUUUGCCAGUUUAUCUUAAGUCGUGCUUUGUACAUAUGGGAAUGUAUGAGGAGGAUAGUAAAAUUCGAGUCUCAACACUCAUCAAGCUAUGGGUUUCUGAAGGAUUUGUAAAACCAGUAAAUGGCAAAAGUUUGGAAACAAUAGUUAAAGAGUACUUAGAUGAACUGGUUGCGAGAAAUCUAAUUCUUGUUCAUGAGUUCGGGAGAACUGGAAGCAUGAAGUUCUUGAAAAUCCAUGACUUGUUGAGAGAUCUUUGCUUGAGAGAAGCUGAAAAGGAGGGGGUUAUCAUGUGGUUGGACAACAUAAUCCUCAAGACAUGUCUAGCCAACGUCGUGUAGUUAUCCCGAGAAGCACUUCAAAGAUGGAAAUCCUUGAUGCCAUGAGAUCUACACCAUAUGUCCGUUCCUGUAUAAGUGAUUAUGAAAGAGUUCAAUUGUUCCCCAAAUUAAGAUUGUUGAGGACAUUGCAAGCAUACAACAUAUUUUUUCAUCGAAAAGUACAUCAGUAUUCCCUAAGAGAAUUGUUCAAGUUGAUUAAUUUGAGGUUUCUUGCUGUUUAUCAUGAAGAAGGUUCCCAACUUCCUUCUUCAAUCAAUAUCCUCUGGAGCCUUCAGACAUUAAUUCUUCUUGUAUCAUUCUUGGAUUUAUCUAUGUCCCAAGCAAAUAUGAAUGCACCGGUUGAAAUUUGGAACAUGUCCCAACUUAGGCAUGUCAAUUUCCAUGUUUAUGGCUGGCACAUCGGUAGAGGAUUGCAUCUCCCAGAUCCUCCGAGUGACAAGAUUGUGAUCAUGGAGAAUCUACAAACCCUCAAAGGAGUAAGGAAUUUCAAAUGUGAUGAGAUGAUGGUUCGUAGGAUUCCCAAUAUCAGGAAAUUGGGACUAUCUUAUCCUGGUGGUGAUGAGGAUAUUGAGUAUGGUGAUGACUAUUGUCUCCACAACAUCGAACGUCUGCAAAAGCUUGAAUCUCUCAGCUGCGAAGGCUAUGGUAGGAGUGCUUUGUUGCAAAAGCUUACCUUUCCACACUCUCUUAAGAGUCUGACUCUUUCGAUGUAUAUAAAUAGAAUGGAAGACAUAUUGGAAAAGGCAAGUGCAUUACCCCUUCUUCAAAAGCUCAAGUUGAAGGGUGGAUAUUUCACAACAGGCAAAUGGGAAACAGUGGAAGGCCAGUUCCCCAGUCUCAAAUAUUUGGAACUUGGCUUGUGUAAAGGCUUGGAAUGGUGGAUGACGGAGAGCUCUCACUUUCCAUGCCUCGAGCACCUUAGGCUUUACGAAGUAUCUUUGAUGGAGUUCCCUGCAGAACUUGGUGAAAUUCCGACACUGAAAUCCGUGAGAAUGCAUCAUUGCAGUGAAGAAUCAGUGAUAAGUGCAAAGAGAAUGGUCGAGGAACAAGAGGAUUUACAAGGAGAAGAAGAAUUAUCUUUUAAUGUUUCCGUUAUCCUCAAAAAGCACUGCGGUGAGAACGGUUUUCUGAUAACCUUAGCAAAUCGCAACUUUACAGUUGAAAUAGAUCGUUACUAGGAUUGUCAAUAAUAAUUUAGAUGUCCAUUUGUUUUUGCAUUAUAUACUAGUAUUAAUUUUUGAAUUCAUAUUUUACUUAAAUAUGAAUUUUGUCUCGUGUAGCCUUGGAUGAAAUGUUGGAGUAUUUAAGUAAAUUCUUGUAAACAAGUUGGAGUAUCUCUGAGCAAUUCUUGUAGAUAACCACAACUGUUUACAUGAGAAAGCUGGAAUCUCUUAGCAAUGAUUUUUCACGAAAGCUUACCUUUCCAUACUCUCUUAGGAUUCUAACUCGUGAAAUCAGAAAUCAAAGAAUGGAAGCCUCAUUGGAAAAGGUAGUAGAGAAAUGAAAGGGGAGACUGACUUCAAUUCUUUUGUUGGAUAUUAAUUAAUGCGCCAUGACUCAUGUCAUUGAUACUCCCUGUCUUCCAUUAGGAGUCUCAUUCACGGGCGAUAAGAAAUGUUAAGAAAAGUGGAUGGAAAAAAGUUAGUAGAAUAUGAGUCUCACUUGUAUAUAUAUAUAUAAGUUUUAAAUAAAUGUAAGUGAAAUGAGUUAGUGAAAGGUGAUACUCUAUUAACCGAGACUCCUAUUCGCGGAUGGAGGGAGUAUCAAUGCUACUGAUGGACCCCAUUGAUAUCAACAACUCCACACUUUCUUUUUCA